AUGAUGUUCCAAUGGAGCUUGAAAGAUUUUCCAAAAGUUGUCUCCUUCGAAAAGGAUUACGUGACGAAGAAUUGGUGCGGUGAAGAAAGCCAUUGGGACUCAAGUAAAUUCAAAGUUGCCGGUGGCUUGAGUCAAGCCAGGCAACUUUGCGUCCACACCAUCUACUUCAUCUGCCGAUUAAUACCCAUCGAGCCCUUUCCUACACUCAACCACGACACUGUGUUCUUCACUGAUAUCCUUUCAGGCAUUUCAAAUGCGGCGGCAUUUGCUGGUUGUUACUUUUUCCCUGCCUUGCCACCAAGGCAAUGCGCCCAGGCAAGAGGCGCUCCAGCCAAGAUACACCAUUCGGGAAAUCACUUCAUCUUGAAGUGA